CUGAUACUUUUGUACUUUUACUUCAGUAAGUUUUGAACGCAGGACUUUUACUUGUAGUGGAGUAAUUUCACAGUGUGGAAUUAGUACUUUUACUGCAGUAAGGGAUCUGAAUACUUCUUCCACCACUGAACACGACUGAAUAAAAAGCUGACUGGAGAACCAAACCACCAAACAUCGAAGGAGAUCAUUUCCACCACAGGAUGGCAGUAGUCGAACAACAACCAUCUUUAUUUUCUCAAUGAAGAAGAAGACUUCCGGUGCCGGAGGAAUGUGCUUCCUGCGUGGACAUGCACGUGUGGUAAACAAGCAUCUGCAUCUGUGGGAGAGCAAGCAUGGACUCCUCGGCCAAGUGGAGUAAUUUACCCACAGCUCCCAGUCUGAAGAACCUGACUGAAGGAGGAUUUGGCGUCCUGAAGGAGUCUCAGCAUGGAGCUGUGCAGGAUCUAACCAAAGCUCACAUCGAGUCGUUUGACCAGGCUGUCACUGACGGGCUGAGCCGCGUCGUGCAGGCCAUCCCUCCCUUGGAGUUCACAUUCAAAAAUGACCGGAUCAGCCUUGCGUUUGUUGAAGCCACCAUCUACAACCCAGUGGUGGCCAAAGGGAGCAUCUGCAGGGAGCUGAAGGUGUUUCCAGCAGAGUGCCGGGGCAGGAAAUGUACAUACAAAGGAAAAAUGGUGGCAGACGUCAGCUGGUCGGUCAACGGAGUCCCUAAAGGCAUCAUCAAACAGUCCAUGGGUCACCUGCCCAUCAUGGUGAAGUCCAAGCUGUGUAACCUGCACGGCAUGUCGCCCAGAGAACUCGUAGAGCGCCACGAAGAAGCAGAGGAAAUGGGAGGUUAUUUCAUCGUGAAUGGAAAUGAGAAGGUGAUUCGUAUGCUGAUUAUGCCGAGGAGGAACUACCCGAUCGCCAUGUCGAGACCCAAGUGGAAGAGCAGAGGACAGGGAUACACUCAGUACGGUAUUUCCAUGCGCUGCGUGAAGGAAGAACACACAGCCGUCAACAUGAACCUGCAUUAUCUGGAAAACGGGACCGUGAUGCUGAACUUCAUCUACCAAAAGGAGCUCUUCUUCCUCCCGCUUGGCUUUGCACUGAAGGCUCUGGUGGACUUCACAGACUUCCAGAUCUACCAGGAGCUGAUCAAGGGCCGAGAAGACAACUCCUUCUAUAAGAGCUGUGCGUCCGAGAUGCUGCGAGUCGUGUCGGAGGAAGGCUGCACCACCCGCAGCAAGGUGCUCGGCUACCUGGGCGAGCGCUUCAGGGUGAAGAUGAACCUCCCUGAGUGGUACACCAACGAGCAGUGUGCCGCCUUCCUGCUGGAUGAGUGCAUCUGUAUCCACCUGAAGUCCGACCUGGAGAAGUUCUACCUGCUGUGUCUGAUGACCAGGAAGCUUUUCACCUUCGCCAAGCAGGAGUGCAUGGAGGAGAACCCCGACAGCAUCAUGUGUCAGGAGGUGCUGACUCCUGGUCAGCUCUACCUCAUGUUCAUGAAGGAGAGAAUGUCGGCCUGGUUGCAGUCUGUGAAGCUGUCCUUUGACAAGAGAGGCAGCAGACUGGACAGAUUGAGCCCCGAAAACGUGAUGAAGAUAUUCAACAUGGGCACCGACCUGACCAAACCCUUUGAAUACCUGCUGGCCACCGGCAACCUCAACUCCAAGACGGGUCUGGGCAUGCUGCAGAACACCGGCCUGUGCGUGGUCGCCGACAAGCUCAACUUCAUCCGUUACCUGUCCCACUUCCGCUGCGUGCACAGAGGAGCGGCGUUCGCCAAGAUGAGGACCACUUCAGUCCGUAAGCUGCUGCCUGAGUCUUGGGGCUUCCUCUGUCCGGUCCACACUCCAGACGGAGAGCCCUGUGGCCUCAUGAACCACAUGACGGCCAUCUGUGAGAUCGUGGCACAAACCCUGCCCACCACGUCGCUGCCGGCUCUGCUCUGUUCGCUCGGUGUCACUCCAGUGGACGGAUCUCCAGGCCAAGCCUUCUCAGACUGCUACCCUGUGGUCCUGGACGGGGCCGUCGUAGGCUGGGUGGAGGCCGAAUUGGCUCCAGUUGUGGUCGACUCACUGCGCAGGUUUAAAGUGCUGAAAGAGAAGAAGAUCCCUCCCUGGACUGAGAUUGUUCUGGUUCCCAAAACGGGCAAGGCCAGCUUGUACUCAGGCCUGUUCCUCUUCACGACUCCCUGCCGUAUGGUGCGACCUGUACGCAACUUAGCUCUGGGCAAGCAAGAGUUGAUUGGCACCUUUGAACAACUUUACAUCAACGUGGGCAUCAUGGAGGAUGAGAUUGAGCCAGGAGUGAGCACACACCAGGAGCUCUUCCCUCACAGUAUGCUCAGCGUGGUGGCCAACUUCAUCCCCUACUCAGACCACAACCAGAGUCCCAGGAACAUGUACCAGUGUCAGAUGGGUAAGCAGACUAUGGGUUUCCCUCUGCACUCCUUCAUGGACCGCUCCGAUAACAAGCUGUACCGGCUCCAGACCCCCCAGAGCCCGCUGGUCAGGCCCUACAUGUACGACCACUACAACCUGGACAACUACCCCAGCGGCACCAACGCCAUCGUGGCCGUCAUAUCUUACACUGGCUAUGACAUGGAAGACGCCAUGAUUGUGAACAAGUCGUCGUGGGAGAGAGGCUUCGCUCAUGGAAGCAUUUACAAGACGGAGCUGGUGGACCUGGCAGACAAGGUGAGGGGAGAAGACAGCGUUGUGUUUGGGACCAAGCCAGGUGACCCGAAAGUGAACGACAGACUGGACGCUGAUGGACUUCCACACAUUGGAUCAACACUUCAGUUUGGAGACCCACUUUACGGCUACAUCAACCUCAACACUGGCCAGGCCUUCGUCAACUUCUAUAAGAGCCAUGAGGCCUGCGUCGUGGACAACGUAAAGGUCUGCAGCAACGACACCGGCUCCGGCCGUUUCAAACGUGUUUGCAUCACCAUGCGCGUGCCGAGGAACCCGACCAUCGGGGACAAGUUCGCCAGCCGGCACGGUCAGAAGGGCAUCCUGAGCCGCCUGUGGCCGGCCGAGGACAUGCCCUUCACAGAGAGCGGCAUGGCCCCCGACAUCCUGUUCAACCCCCACGGCUUCCCCUCCCGCAUGACCAUCGGCAUGCUGAUCGAGAGCAUGGCCGGGAAAUCUGGCGCCCUGCACGGCCUGAGCCACGACGCCACGCCCUUCACCUUCUCGGAGGAGAGCUCCGCGCUGGAAUACUUUGGUGAGAUGCUGAAAGCGGGCGGAUACAACUACUACGGCACCGAGCGGCUGUACAGCGGCGUGAGCGGCUUGGAGCUGGAGGCCGACAUCUUCAUCGGCGUGGUCUACUACCAGCGGCUGCGUCACAUGGUGUCCGACAAGUUCCAGGUGAGGACCACGGGGGCGCGGGACAAGGUGACCAACCAGCCGGUGGGAGGCAGGAACAUCCAGGGAGGAAUCCGUUUCGGGGAGAUGGAGCGAGACGCCCUGCUGGCCCACGGCUCCUCGUUCCUGCUUCACGAUCGCCUCUUCAACUGCUCGGACCGGUCGGUGGCUCAGAUAUGUGUCGACUGUGGCAGCCUGCUGUCGCCUCUGCUAGAGAAACCGCCUCCGUACUGGUCGAACACGCGCCACCGCAAGACUGUCUGCACCCUGUGUGGUAAAAGCGACUCUAUUGACUCGGUGUCGGUUCCGUACGUCUUCCGCUACUUUGUGGCCGAGCUCGCAGCGAUGAACAUCAAAGUCAAAUUAGAUUCGAAGUGAAUUUUUUUGCAGGACAACCAGUAAAGAUGCCUUAAUGUGAUCAAUCAAAAAGAACAUGUCUGUUGUGAAACUGCUGUGUGUGUUUUAUUUUUAAAAGGUCCACACUCCCGAUAGAGAGCUUACAGCUGCAUCUCAAUACAUUAGAAUAUCAUAGAAAAGUUGAUUUAUGUCAGUAAUUCCAUUCAGAAAGUGGACAUAACACAUUAUAUAGAUCCAUUACACACAAUGAAACAUUCCAUGUCUUAAUCUAUUAAAUUUCUGUAAUUAUAAUGAUUAUGGCUUACAUUUAAUGAAGAGCUAAAAUUCAGUGUCUCAAAAUUAUAUAUAUAUAUAUAUAUAUAUAUAUAUA